UUGUGGGGAUGAGAACGUUGAGAUACAAGAGUAAUCACGCAUUCAAAGUGAGGAAUGGUACACUAUCGCCAAGGCGAAUUUCAAACGCCUUACUACACCGCCUAAUGUGCCUUUUCUUCAAGCCACUGAAACUACGCGCGCUCGUGCCGCUUCCAAAGCUGCAGCUGCCAUCAUUUAGUGGCGAUCACACCGAAUGGAUCACAUUUCAGGACACAUUUCUUUCGCUCGUCAAUGUCAAUGCAGGUCUGUCGGACGAACAGAAGCUACAAUAUCUUCGUAACUGUUUAAAAGCCGAGGCACUGGCAUUUGUAAGCAGUUUAUCAGUGAGUCAUAGCAACUACAGUGAAGCCGGGGACUUGCGAACCACAAGGUAUAAGGUUAUGCGAGUGAUAGUGGAUAGCUAUAGAGAAAUCACCGAAGGACUCCGCCAAGGCCAUCAAACACGUGCUUAACCAAACUUUGCAGCACAUUGGAGCGCUACGGGCACUCGGUCGGCCAGUGAAGUUCUGAGAUGAUUGGCUUAUCCACUUAAUUGUUUCAAAAUUAAGCUACGAAACUCGUAAGCAAUGGGAAUUAUCGCUUGUGGCAGACAAUCUGCCAUCAUUUACCGCACUUCGAGACCUAAUUUCGGCAAAUACAAGGCCAGCCGCAAAGAGCGUUCUCCACUCAACGUAUAACCGAGCCGAAGCACAUGGUUGUAAAUCGGCUGGUGCUCCUAAAGCAAUUGUGUGUACGUACUGGAUCGUACGUUAUUAAAUUUACUCCUGCUUAAAGUUUGGCCAACUUGACUCAAAGGUUAAGCUUACCGCAAUCAAGGUUCAAGGUGCUUGCUUGAACUGCUUGAGUAAUGGGCACGUUAUCGCUAACUGUCGCAGUCAAUCAUCGUGUCACAUAUGCCAGCGUCGUCAUCACACACUUCUCCACACUAGUCUCAACAAAUAACAGUGUGCUAACAAUGACACCAAUCAAACCGUCAACGUUACCUUGCACUAUGCUGAUACUGAAUGCGUUACACUAUUGGUUACGGCUGGGAGAAACGUACCAAGGGAGAAAGCAAGGUACGCUUGUCGGCACGGCCAUUAGACUCAACCUUUUACUGACACCGCCGGAUGCCAAAGCGUUCAUUACCGGCCCUCCUGCUCUUUAUGUGAAAGUGGGCAGUGCCAUUACGCUCACCUGUCAUGUAAAACAACCGUUAUCGGCGCCGGAUAUCGGUCCUAUCUACUGGUACAGAGCCAACUACAUGCUGACGCCUUUCGUGUCCCAUCCCAAUGAGGCCGCCAUCGAUAUGCAGCGCAUAUCAAUGGAAUCAAAGCUGGGCGUAAAGCUGCAAAGCCGGCUGCGUAUAGCGAACGCACAACUUAGUGAUUCGGGCAACUACACCUGCAUGCCGACCACUGCUGAAGCAGCCAGUGUGAUGGUGAAUGUCAUAAACGAUGAAAAUCCAGCGGCCAUGCAAAAAAGUGCAGCUUCACAUUUACAAAGCUACUGUGUUAUUCUCCUUUGUCUAGUAGGACUCUCAGUGGGGUGGUUAUCCUCGCUUUGUUCACUACAUUCGCCGCAACAUCAUCAACGGCCGCAGCAAUUCAAUAAGAUUCAACCAGUGCUCAAGUCAGUAGACACACCAAAAUUCAAGCAUAUGAAAGGCGAAUCUAAUUCAGCGCUAAAUAUUUACUUUUAUUUGCUAUAUGACACGUGGGGUCUCGCAAAAGGUGAACAAAUUUACGUGCGUACAUGUUCGUUCCAUAAAAUAUUUAGAUAUGAGAAAAGAUAAAAUUUCAUGUAUUUAAGGAAAAGUUUAGUUACCAAAAAAUGCUAUCCAUAUAAAUUUUAAUAUAGUAUAUUCAUACAUACAGACGUCAGAUGUGUGCUUGACUUAAAUAAUCGAAUUCUUUUAAAUGUAAUACAGAUACAUAUGUACAUUUAUUAAUAG